UGGUCUAUUAGCUCACUUACAAUGGAGCUUUUCACUGUUCUCUUCAUGGCACUCACCACUAUUCCACGAGAUCUUAAAAUGACCUAUGACACAGCGGAGACGAUGACCCGAGUCAACUAUUGGUCGUGGAAAGAUCGUACUGUGUUUCAACUGUUUGAUGAAGUUGUGAAACAUCAAAAGUACAACAUUGCUUUCCGAAGAGGCUUUGACACUUGGUCUUUUCACAUGGUGCAAGAAUACUCAUUCAAGAUAGCCUCCUACUUCCACCUCGCUGGACUGCAGCGUGGUGAUGUAGUAGGCUUGGCAGGGGUGGAAGGACCGCAAUCUGUAGCUCUAUGGUUGGGUAUCAGCAGACUAGGGGCCGUCACUGCUCUCCUACCCUCAGACCUCGCUCCUGCAGACAUGGUACAGGCUGCCUCAAAAGUCUACAGCAAGGCCAUCAUCUGCACUCCUGAACUUGCCACAGGUUUGACACAGCAAAAACUACCCAAUUACAUGUCCAUACUCUCCUUGGGACCAACACAAGACAAGAGUGUAAAAAAUAUCAUUAGGGAAGUGGACGGAUCAUCAUCAAAACCUUUGAAACACAAUAUGUCUGUAAAUAAUAAAUUAUUAUACCUCUUCUCACCAAAAACAUUGAUACCAAGACCUGUGACACACUAUAGGUACAUAUACAUAGCGACAAACAUUCGCAAGAGCCUUGACUUCACUGCUAAGGAUAUUAUUUACUCUCCAAUGCCUCAGUCAACAGCUGAUGGAAGCAUUGUUGCGGCUGGUCAAACGAUACUCUUCGGCAAUCUGGUUGUCUCUGGAGGAAAACCAACAAUCGACACAUAUUUCAAAGAUUGUGACCACUACGGCGCAACGAUAGCCAUGUAUGAUGCUGAAAUCGUGAAGGGCUUGAUGGCUUCUUCAUCAACUGAGAUGGACAAGCACCACAAAGUACGUCUACUUACGGGUAAUGGUCUACAAAACCCGCAGACUUGGACGGAGUUGAAGGAACGGUUUAAUAUCCACCACAUCGGGCAGUACCAUAUUAUAGUGGAUAGUGAUGGAAGGAAUUUGGUAAAUUCAUACGGCAAACCUGGGGCUAUUGGAUUUGUUCCCUGGUACUUCUCUGGUCAAAAAGUAAAGUUGGUUGCUUUGGACCCAAACACUGGAGAAGUAGUUCGAAAACAGAACAGACUCUGUAAAUCACCAGCCAAAGAUCAGCCAGGGAUUCUCAUUGAAGAAAUGCCCAAAGACUUUGUGCGAGUGCAAUUUUCAAAGAAUAAGAAGGUGAUAAGUGAUGUCUACAGGAAAGGGGACAAAUAUAUUAACACUGGAGAAAUUUUGAAAAAAGAUGAAAAGGGCUACUACUACUACAUGGGCCAAAUCGAGGAUUUUAAGGUGAAAACUCAGUCAUAAAUCAGUGGAACUUCCCAACCAUGGACAUUCAAGAUCUGUCAAGUUAAUGUUACUAAAAAACAUCAUGUACUAAAUGUCAUAGUAAAACAGUGUGUAUGCAUUCAGCAAGUUAUGCUCAAGUGUAUGCUGAAGUUUCUCAAACUGAAAUAUUCAUUU